AUGAUGAGUGGCCAGCAGGAGCUUUCCCCUGAGGGAAUGAAGACUCCAUCCAUGAAGCGCUUCAGUGCUAAUGGGUCUAUGGAGACUCAUGAACGACGUCCAAAUCAAUUAAGGCCACCCAACAGAACCGGCAAGCUUAGUGAAGCAGCUCAUUCAGUGAGUGUGUCUCCGCUCCCCAAUCGAACCAGCUAUCUGAUAAUGAGUCCAGCGCCAUCCCAAGGAGUUAUGGUUCAGGGGCGGCUCUUCCAGCAUGCACAGUUCUCUGCUCCAAUCAGAAAGCUGGAGCAAAGAUCCGAUAUGAUCCAAAGAGUUGAGCUGGACAGCAUUCUUCUCACCUGUCCCGAGAUUUCAGAUUCAGAAGACAUCAGUGUUAAGAGGCGUGUCCAUCAGAAACGGCGGCCGAUGAACGUUAGUCCUGUUCCUGCGGGCAAACCGGUUGAGCAGUCCCUUCAGCCUGAUGAUUACCUCACAGUUUGUGGUAAAUGUGGCCAACCAAGUGAGGACCAUGUAAAAUGUGACCGCUGUGGAUAUCUCCUUCCUGCUGAGGCUCUGCCCCUUCCUGCUGUGACAUCCGCGCUGCUUCCUCGGCCCUCCAUUCGCUCGCAGCCGCCCAGCCUUCAGAUAAGAACCUCUGGGGGCUGCUCUCAACAGAUAGAUGUUGUGAUGAGUCCGUCGGUGCGGAUCACGCAUGGAGGUAUGCUGCUUCCUCACAAUGGACGACUCGUUGUCACUUCUGGAAGCUCAGUGUGUAAUGGAUUGAAGCAAGCUGGCGGCAAGAAACGGCAGAUCAGCAAACCAUGUGAAUUAAAUGACCCCAUUGUGCUGUCCAGCGACGAGGAUGAAGAAAGGGAUGGUAGCCGCUUGGACAGCGUGUCGCCGCGGCCCGCGGACUCUGCCCACUCAUCUCCUGCUCCUUCCGGUGGUCGGGUGGAAGCGGUCGUUAAAGCAGCUGGUGAACAUGAGGACACUAGCAGUGACUUUUUCACACAGACAAGCCAGAGAAACCUGGUGCCCAGAAGGAAAAGCAUGAGAGAUCCAUUUGGGAACACUGUGUGUGAAGAUCCAUCUCCUAAGAAGAGGAAAAUGGGUCAGAUGAUAAAGCUGAGCAGUAUUAUUCUGGAGUGCAGGAGCGUAAGGAUCGGCACUCUGCGCAGGAUGGUCACCAAACCUGUUGUGUUUACAGUGGAAAGCAUACAGCUGGAGACAGAAGGUCCUGAUAUGAAUGUGUUGGAGAACGUUUUCUUGCGGUCGGCGGAGCUGACCAGAUGUGAGUGGUGUACCGUCAAGAAGCUGCCGGUCCUGUUUCUGCAGACCACCGAUGAGGAGUGCCAGCGAUUACAGACUCAGCUGCAGAUGUCUCAGGACAAGGGAGGAGUAUGGUACGACUGCAGUGGCAACAGUGCCAAUGUUUGUCCUUCACCUCAGGGUAAAGAAGUGAGAGCUGCAGUAUCAGAAACACCUUCAUCUUCAACCCUAUCAGCCUCUGCAUCCUUUUCGGUAGUGACGGUUACCGUGGCAACAGUAAAUCCAGCCCCAGCAGCCUCCGUCUCUUGUGCAGCGACGAGCGUGCGAACGCGCAUGUCUGCUCGGCUCCAGGAGUACUGUGAAGAGGACGACGAGAUGGCAGAGCUCCAGCCAACCUUCACUGGUCCGAUCAUAAAGUUGUUGGUUUACCCCCCGCCGCCUGCUAAAGGAGGAAUCUCUGUAACCAAUGAGGACCUCCACUGUCUGAACGACGGAGAGUUUCUCAACGACGUCAUCAUCGACUUCUAUUUAAAAUAUCUGUUUUUGGAGAAGUUGAAGAAGGAAGAUGCUAUCCGCAGUCACGUGUUUAGCUCGUUCUUCUAUAAGAGACUCAAUCAGAGAGAACGAAGAAACGCGGUCGACGCGUCCAACUUACCCAUACAGAAGAGGAAACACAACAGAGUGAAGACAUGGACACGUCACGUGGAUCUCUUCCAGAAAGACUUCAUCUUUGUGCCCAUCAAUGAGUCUGCACACUGGUAUCUCGCCAUAAUCUGUUUUCCGGGUCUGGAAAAGGCUCAUGUUGAGCUAAACCCGCUGUACCAGCCUCAAACUCAAGCCCAUAGCACUGCUGUCUCCUCCAGCCCGCCCACUGAUGGAGGUUCGGAUGAACUGGACGACGUCAGGCAGCACACGGCCGUCCCGCACAGAUCUGCAGCUGAUGUGAACAGACAGCAGCAGUACACAGAUGGUUUACACCGAAUAAUCGAGUGUUAUGGGACAGAUGACUCGCAUAACUCAGAUGACCAAAGCUCAUGUCAGGACGGGUGUAGUGAAGAUGACAGUUUGGUCGAUGAGUGUGGGAGCUUUGACAAAGCAGAGUUGACGUCCAAACCCACCAUCUGCAAACAGCCUUGUAUUCUGAUCAUGGACUCCCUGCGUGGACCAACCAGGUCGACUGUGGUGAAAACAUUACGAGAGUAUCUAGAGGUGGAGUGGGAGGUGAAGAAAGGCUCCAAGAGGAGUUUUGGGAAGGAUGUGAUGAAGGGCUCGAGUCCUCGUGUGCCCCAGCAGGAUAACUUCAGUGACUGUGGAGUUUAUGUGCUGCAGUAUGUGGAGAGCUUCUUUGAGAAACCUCUUCCGAGCUUUCAUCUCCCGAUGAAUUUAUUGGAUUGGUUUCCCCAGCAACGGAUGAAAACCAAGCGGGACGAGAUCAAGGAGCUCAUUCUGAAGCUUCAGACUCAGCAGCAGCUCAAUCUGAAGAGCUCUAGACAGACAGACGGCUGCCACAGCCCCUGUGAGGAUACCUUAGAGUCAGCUGAUCUCAUCCCUCCAAUCAGCUCCUGAGCUCCGCCCACGCUGCUACGCUUUCACAUCACAUGACUUCGAAACACUAAAAGCCAAUCAGGGCCUUGUGUGAUUGUACGCUGCUGGACAACUCUGCCGUUAUUUCUUAUGACCUUCUUAUAGGUUGGAUGAUAUGAAAUUUAAAAAGAAGAGUGUGUUUUGUUUUUUAUUUGUAUCGAAUAAAUUGUGUACAUAAGCUAGGCUUUUUUCUUUUACUUUGCUUCAUUUAUGGUCGAUUCAUCAUUUCAGUUUUGCACCAUCUGUAAAAUAAAAG